UCUGUUUGCAAAGAUGGCUGUCGAAAUAGAGUCUGCCGAUGUUGUGAGGUUAAUUGAACAGUAUUUAAAAGAAAACAACCUGUUGAAAACAUUAUCAAUAUUACAAGAAGAGAGUGGUAUUUCCUUGAAUACUGUUGACUCUGUAGAUGGCUUUAUCUCUGAUAUUAACAGUGGACAUUGGGAUACAGUACUACAAGCUAUACAAACUCUUAAAUUACCUGACAAUAAACUUAUAGAUCUUUAUGAACAGAUUGUUUUAGAAUUAAUAGAGUUACGUGAAUUGGGAGCGGCUAGAUCUUUAUUAAGACAGACGGAUCCUAUGCUGAUGAUGAAACAUAAUCAACCUGACAGAUAUCUUCAUUUAGAAAACAUGUUAGCUAGAUCAUAUUUUGAUCCUAGAGAGGCUUAUCCUGAAGGUCAAACAAAAGAAAAGCGACGUACUGCUAUAUCUCAAGCCUUAGCUGGUGAAGUAAAUGUUGUACCACCUUCUCGUAUGUUGGCUUUGUUAGGUCAAGCUUUAAAAUGGCAACAACAUCAAGGUUUAUUACCACCUGGUACAACAAUUGAUGUAUUUCGUGGUAAAGCUGCUGUUAAAGAACAAGAUGAAGAGAAAUAUCCUACACAACUGAGUAAAACAAUUAAGUUUGGUCAGAAAGCUCAUAUUGAAUGUGCUAGAUUUUCUCCAGAUGGUCAGUACCUAGUAACAGGCUCUGUUGAUGGUUUUAUAGAGGUUUGGAAUUUUACAACAGGGAAAAUAAGAAAAGAUUUACGAUAUCAAGCACAGGAUAAUUUUAUGAUGAUGGAUGAUGCUGUGUUAUGUAUGAGCUUUAGUAGAGAUUCAGAAAUGUUAGCCACUGGUGCUCAAGAUGGAAAAAUAAAGGUUUGGAAAAUUCUCACUGGACAAUGUUUGCGUAAAUUUGAAAGAGCUCACAGUAAAGGUAUUACAUCUCUAUAUUUUGCUAAAGACAACAGUCAGUUACUCAGUGCCUCUUUUGAUCAAACAAUACGAAUGAAUGGUUUAAAAUCAGGAAAGACACUAAAAGAAUUCCGAGGUCAUACAUCGUUUGUUAAUGAUGCAGUUUUUACUCCAGAUGGACAUCUUGUUAUAAGUGCUAGUUCAGAUGGUACUAUAAAGAUCUGGAAUAUAAAAACAACAGAAUGUCAGAGUACGUUUAAAUCAUUAGGUGGAACAUCUAGUACAGAUAUAACUGUACAUAGUAUACAUCCAUUAGUUAGAAAUGCUGAACAGUUUGUAGUAUGUAAUAGAUCUAAUACAGUUGUCUUAAUGAACAUACAGGGGCAGAUUGUUAGGAGUUUUUCUAGUGGUAAGCGUGAAGGAGGGGAUUUUGUAUGUGCAACAGUAUCGCCAAGAGGUGAAUGGAUCUAUUGCACAGGAGAAGAUAUGGUGUUAUAUUGUUUUAGUAUAUCAACAGGAAAAUUAGAAAGAACAUUAACUGUUCAUGAAAAAGAUGUAAUAGGUAUAUCUCAUCAUCCACAUCAAAAUUUAAUAGCUACAUAUUCUGAAGAUGGAUUGUUAAAACUGUGGAAACCCUGAUUUUUACGUUUUCAAAUAUUUAUGUAUAUUUUGUCACUGUACUUCAAACUUUGAAUUACAGUGACAAUAUUCACAAUCAGACAUGUCCAGCAUAUAUUGUUAAAACAGAAUCCCUAUGUCAAUAAAAUGUGCCUAAAAAUAUUUAAAACCCAUUCAUUUGGCCUGAAUCUGUUAAUUCUUGAUUUUCAAGACCCUUUAGAAUAAGUAUAAGCUACGUCUACACUAGCAGCAUUCACCGUCUACACUAGCCUUUUAAAUCCCGGUUUUUUCCUAAAAGCCGGCUUUUUCAAUUUCUCAAUCGUAAAAGCCGGCUUUUUAAAAUCCGGCAAUUAUUGAGGGAUUUUUCAAAAUCAAAAAGCCGGCUUUUUCAAAAAACCGGCAAUUUUAUGUGUGUAGACGGUAAAUCCGGGAUUUAUCAAGUACCCGGAUGUCAUUCGUCCCGAGCUUCCGUACAUUCAUAACAUUGGCAUUGCUUCCGGUUCUAAGGCAGUCAAGUGUCAGCCAUGCUAUUUUCUGCAGUAUUAUUUUUACUAUAUAUAGUAUAAGCCUAUUAAUUAGUAUUACUACAGUAAUGAUGUAAUCACUAUCAGUACCUGUAAAACUAUGGCAUUAGAUACUAGAUAUAGGCUACGCCAGCUGGAUUGAAAUUUUGAAAAAGUUACACAUGUACGGUACCUAAAAUGUUCUCUUUCCCACACGGAAGUUUUCUAACCACUUUCUGUCAGACCAGUUGUUCAUAUAAUUAUCCCAUAAAUCCGAGGAAGUAGGGUAUUUCCAUAUUCUCCCAGCUCUGCCAUCAGGUAAACUCGCGAUCAUAGCCAUGAAGGGUGUUAGUCGAAAGUGUCUUCGACGGAUAUACAAUCGCAAUCGUCUUGCACGUCGUUUUCUCGCCCUCUUCCGUAAGUCUGUCAGCGAUCUGCUAUAUUCCAUAAGCUGGAUAUAUAAUUGCACCAAAGUAACCAAAGUAAUCAUUAUUAUUAUAUUAUUAUCUCUGCAAAAUUGACUGAAGCCGAUGGCGUAAUAAAUAAACCGGAAGUUCCACAAAUAACGAAGGUCGGUGUUCAUUGUCUUUUUCCGUUCAGUCAGUGUAGACGCUACACUUGAAAAAGCCGGGUUUUGAAAAAACCGGGUUUUUAAAAAGCCGGCUUUUUCAAGCCUAGUGUAGACGAAGCUAUAAUACUAUUUGUUUAGACAUUUAAUAUGCCUAAAAAUUAAUUCAUGUGUUUUACACAAAAUUGAUGGUUGGGGGGGGGGGGGAAUCGAUAUAAAUUCGGAAGUGAGAUUCAUACUGCUUUUAGUCAUCAAGGCUAAUAGGCUAGCUGUAAUGUAAUACAUUUUAUACAGACAUGUGCUUAUAAAUCUUCAAGAGUUUUAGUACAAACUACAAACAGAAACAAAUCUUUUUAAUUUUGCAAAUUGUUCAGAAUCCAAGAUUGUUUGAAAUUUUUGAAUGAAACAAGUUUUUUUUACAAUUUUAAGAUAUGUAAAAAUUUCUUAGUAGUUUAAAUUUAAAAAUAAAAUUUAUUCAUUUGGAAGAGGAAGAAUGAUCUAAGUCACAUUUUUGUCUUUUCGCAUAAAAGGCAAAACAGACUUUUGGACGAGAAUGCUUGACGCGAACAGAACAACGAGUGGGUUUAAGUACAACUUCAAAAUGAUGUUUAAUACGAAUCAUAAUUACCAGUACAACAACUGACUUCCACUUUUCAGCCAAAUUAAGGUCAAAUAAAGGGUACGAUGGAUGUAUUUGUCCGGGAGGCCAUUUCAGAAGGGCCUUGGUUCGAUGUGACUCUGAUCGUAUUUACCUGAAAUUGAUUAUUCCACAGAAAGCUGAUACAAUUUGCUACCAGAUGGUGUCAAUAACUGGGGUUCGUUGAAAAAGUUACUUAGAUCGUUCUUCCUUGUGGCUCUUCAUUUGUAAAUUGUAUGUCAACUUUUGGUUAAAUCAUCAUGUCAAUAUUAAAGGUUAUGUUAUCAUAAAUUAGUUAAACAAUAUUUGGUCAUAUCCAAUUCAUCAUUACUAAAAUAUGAUAACAAAACAAGCUGAAAGCUUUUAUAUGUUAAGCAUGUUCAUUACAGAAUUUACAGUGUAUAUAUGCAUUAUAUCAUAAACAAAUUUCAUACAGUAUCAAUAAAUAAAAUAACAUUAAAAUAUUCUCUAUUGUGGUUUAACACAUCAUUAGAGAGAAAAGUC